GGGCAUGCGCAUUACAACCGGAAGUAGCUUCGUUUUCACGACCAAAACAGACAUGGUGUCCGUGUGAGGGAGAAAAAACAUUAACGCUUGAGUGAAUUCCUAGGUAUUAGAUAAAUAUUUCCUUGACAUCUUCAUCAACAUGGGAGGCGGCGAUCUUAACUUGAAGAAAAGCUGGCAUCCCCAGACGCUGAAGAACAUCGAGCGUGUGUGGAAAGCCGAGCAGAAGCACGAAGCCGAAAGGAAGAAGAUCGAGGAGUUGCAGAAGGAGCUGAAAGAGGAGCGAGCUCGAGAGGAAAUCACCAGAUAUGCGCAGGAAACCGGCGCUGUUAAGAAGAAAGAUGAGCGCCUGGACUGGAUGUAUCAGGGCCCCGGGGGUCAGAUCUCCCGUGAUGAGUACCUCCUGGGCCGUCCCAUCGAUAAGCAGAUCACACAGCAGUACGAGGAACCCGAGAGCGGCCCGUCCGCUGAAACUGGCCUCCUACCUGGUUCUAUCUUCAGCUCCAACACCUCCAUGUCCACCAUGGACAUGGCCUGUAAGAUAAGAGAAGAUCCGCUGUUUGAGAUCCGUAAACGUGAGGAGGAAAAAAAGAGAAACGUUCUCACGAAUCCCGUUAAAAUGAAAGAGAUCCGCAAAAUGCUACGUGAAAAUUUAGAAAAAGACAAAAAGAAGAAAAGGAAGAAGGAAAAGAGAGACGAAAAAGAAAGGAGGAAGGACAAGAAACACAAGCGGAGGAGUUCCAGCUCUGAUGAGGAAGACAGAAAGCGCAGGUCAAAAGAAGAAAACGGAUUCUCAAAGUCUCAUUCACAUUCUCAUAAGUCCGGUUACGGACUGCAGUUACCAGCAGGCCGGUCGUCAGAGUCGACACACAGGAGGGACCGGAGUCGCUCUCCGCUGGGUUCCAGAGAGGAAAAGAGGAAUCGUUCACCUCACGAUUCAGACAGGAAGCACAAACUUAAAGCGCCGAGUCCGAGCAGACCCAGAGAUCGCUAUCACAGACCACAGAGCACCAACUACAGCAAGCGUCUCACAGCUGAAGAGCUGGAGAAGAAAAGGAAAGAGAUGAUGGACUUCGCUCACGAGAGAGAGGAGGAGAGAGAGAGCAACGUGAAGAGAUACAAACGACAAGACGAGCAGGAGAAGGAACGAGAAAGCAAGAACAAACAAAACGGCCAGGCCACGUUCAUACAUAACAUGAAGCUGGAGAGUGCUGCCACCUCGUCCGUGGAGGAUCGAGUGAAGAGGAACAUCCACUCCAUUCAGAGGACCUCCGCCUCUCUGGAGAAGAACUUCAUGAGGAGAUGAAGAGCAGCAGAAGAAAAGCACGGUUUUGUUUUCACACUUGUGUUCACCAGCAGUCACAUUUCCCAACAUGCUCAAAUCUGAAACUUGUACAGAUAAUGAUGUCAUUAAAAUCCUUUAAAUUAUGUGUAUACUGUGCUUAGUGGUCCAUUUGUACAGGAAAAAAAAAAUAGGUUUCUUUUUGUCAUGGAUUGUAUUUUGACCAGUUUUUUUUAUUUUUAUUUUAAUCAAUUAUUUCUGUGAAUUUUUGUAUGUUUAAAGACAUUAAAAAACAAACCAUGGA